UCCUGUUCCUAGAAUGUAAGCUAUAAUUCAUUGUGCAACCUUUUUGCUGUGCAGUGAUAUUGCUGAGGUGUGGCACGUGCACGAAGCAAGCAGUAAAACUCCAGAAUGAAGAAGGUGCAAGUUGUCGUAAUUGGAGCAGGUGUGGUUGGGAUGUCUACAGCCGUGUGUAUAGCGGAGGCUUUGCCCUUCUGCACCGUCACUGUACUGGCUGAGAAAUUCUCUCCAGACACCACUAGUGAUGUAGCUGCUGGGAUCCUUCUGCCCAAGGAGAUUCAAGGUGUUCCUCUGGAACGUCAGCAACGUUGGUUUAAAGGCACAUUUGAUCAUCUGCUGGCAAUUACUGAAUCACCACAGACCUCAGAAGCAGGAGUAUUCAUGAGUUCAGGAUACCAAAUAUUCAAAGAGGUCCCUAGUAUCACAAAACCAUACUGGGCUGAUAUUGUGUUUGGAUUUCGGAUUAUGACGGAUCGUGAGAUGAAGAGAUUCCCCAAUUAUAAGUUUGGUCAAGCUAUAACGACUUUAAAGUGUGAAAGCCUCAGAUAUCUGCCAUGGCUGGAGAAAAGGUUGACCAAAGCAGGUGGUCAGAUGAAACGAGAGAAAGUGACCGACCUUCAGCAGCUUGCUCAUAGCUACGAUGUCAUCGUCAACUGCUCCGGCCUCGGCUCCCGUUCUUUGGUGGGAGAUGAGCAGGUCUACCCAGUACGUGGCCAGAUUCUCAAAGUGCACGCUCCCUGGCUGAAGCAUUUCAUUCGUGUUAUAGAUGGAAAUGCCUACAUCUACCCUGGCAUCGACUACGUCACUCUGGGGGGGACACAGCAGGUGAAUGAUUGGCGUUUGGAGGUGGAUAAGGAUGAUAGCAAGGGCAUCAUGGAGCGCUGCAGUAAGCUUGUACCAGCCCUAAGGACCGCCCAGGUGCUGGGAGAAAAGGUGGGACUGAGGCCUGGCAGGAGUAACCUGCGUCUAGAGAGAGAAUGGCUGCAGGUUCAGGAGCGGCAGGUGCCACUGGUUCACAACUAUGGCCAUGGCUCCUGGGGCAUCUCUCUGAGCUGGGGCAGUGCACUAGAGGCACUGGACUUGGUGAGGAGAAGUCUGCAUGAGAAACCACCUCGUGCCAGACUGUGAAUGCACAGAAAUCAUAUACACAUAAGCUCCCUGGACUAAAAAUGACUAUACAAUAGGGGUUUCCAAACUUUUUUUAAAGGGUGCCAAAUUAGACUACAUUAAAAAAAAAAAUAUAGGAGUCGAGUGGAGGCAUAAGUAUUAGAAGUGCAAGAAAUUACACAAGCAACUCAUUUUUUCUCCACAGACUAGGUGUGCAGCUCAGCUAGAGCUCGUAGGUUUACACUUUCAUUUCAUUAACAUUUAUGGCAUUUGCAUCAAAUAAAACCUCAGAGCUUGGCCAACAACUGAAAAUCAAGUUGUACAAGUUUAUUAACUUACAUUCAUUCAGGUGCAGUACCUAUUGACACUUUAAAAUAUUUGGGAUGUGUGCUCUUAGUGGACGCCGUUAUACUUUAGCUGGGGAGCUAAAAAUAUCAUUAUAUUCACUGACCAAAUUCAUCAAAUUAAUCUAAUCCGAUAGCUGUAGUAUUGAGAGAACUUGCAGCAAACUAUGAACUAACACAAUUAUUAAAAACAAUGUAAUUGUUUUUUAGUUUAGCUAUCGCCUGUGAUUCCUUUUACAUUUGCUAAGUGUAAGUGAUUUAUACGUGCAACAGCUAGAAUUAUAUUAAUAACAAAAAUUUGCACUAUGCUUAUUGGUUAUAUGGAGCACUAUGUGCUCAACUGUAAUUAUUAGGCUUAUGUGCUCAACUGUAAUUGUUAUAAUUAUUUUAAUAAACACAUUUUUUCAUUAACAAA